AGCAGAACGCAUCUCAUCACAUCCCACAAGCCCCAACCAUGAAACCAACCAACCCCAAACUCGACCAAUACUGGCACAACCCCGGCCCCUGCGGCCUAAUAACCCGCACCGCCCUCCGCACGCUUCAGUUCACUCUCGCCAUAAUAACCGCUGCCCUCUACGGCAUCGACCUCGCACACUCCACCACAACCUCCACGCCCGCCAACUCCGAAUGGAUCUACGCCGAAAUCGUCGCCGCUCUCUCUGCAAUUACCUGCAUAGUGCACUGCUUUGUGACCGUCACCCGGGUUGGAUGGUGUACUUGGGACUUUGUGCUGUUUGUGCUGUGGAUGGCGCAGACGGGUGUUUUUGGGAAUAUUUAUGUUAGGCGGGAUGGGGGUGUUGAGGGGGAUUAUGUGCGUGCUACGGGGAGUUUGGGGAGGAUGAGGGCGGGAGUUUGGGUUGGGUUGGUUUGUAUGGUGCUUUGGUUGGGGACGUUUGUGCUUGCGGUGGGUUGGUGUUGUAGGACGAGGAAGGUUGUUAGGAGAACGGACAAGGACAAGGAACAGGAACAGGAACAGGAACAGGAACAGGAGAAGGUUGGGGAUGAGGAGAGGGGGGUGAUUUAUGCUGAGAGUGAGACCGAUUAUAUGAGUGAGGGUGACUGGGACAGUAUCAAGAAGGCGGAGAAGGGUGAGAAGGGUGCCAAAUAUUAAACAAGAUCUAUGCUAUUUUACAUAAGUUACAUCCAUGACGCGUAUCCCGCCAUCUCACCCAAAGAUACCAUCAAC